CGACGGACUCCGGCGCUCAUUGUCGACAAGCUGGCCUUCUGAUCAAAGUCUUCAAACCCUUCUUCCUUCAUUGCUAGUUUAAUUUCGUCCGCUCGUUUUGCACAUCGGUUUACAACGUCAUGCGGUUUGCCGUCCUGGUCGCGCUUUCGUCUUUUCUCUCCGUCCCCUCUGCCGCAGCGGAUACGUCGAAACCAUGGAAGCCUUGUACGGUUCGCUCACCCACGACUGAUCGCUUCUUCGAUCUGAAUCCUAUGCAUCGGUCGCCGCCGGAAGAAGGCAAGAAGAAGAAGGAUGCAGAGGAGGGGAGCUGGCAUGCGCGGGGCCAUGAUUAUGGUGCCAACUUCACAUUGAACUUCUGUGGGCCUGUUGUAGAGGAACUGGAGCAUGUCGAGGAUCUGGAUAAGAGUUUAUGGAAGAACGUGAGCGCGUAUUAUGAGAAAGAUGAUAAGAUAUAUGCGAUUGGACUCGAAGCCUACGAGCCCAUCUUCCGCGGUCGCAAACUUGUCCUCAACUACACCCACGGCUCCUUAUGCCCUUCAUCCUCGAAAUCGCGCCGGGGGCUUCCCGAACCCGUCUCCCUGACCCAGCGGGAAAUAGUCCAAGACGACGAGUACGAAGAAGAAGAAACGAAUGACGGGUACAAAGCAGAGAGGAAGGACGACGACGACGAAGACGAUGACAAGCCAAAAAAGAAGCCCCUCGACUCCGCCCACCGCAAAACGACCAUAAUAUCCCUCCUCUGCGAAAAGGACCCUUUGGCCAAAACCUUCGUCUCCUUCGUCGCCGCCGUAGACGACUGCGUCUACUUCUUCGAAGGUCGCUCCCCCUACGCCUGCGGAGGCGUAGAAGCCGAAACCCAAGCACUGUCUCCUGGCGGCGUCUUCGGAGUCAUCGUCGGCAUCGCCGUGCUCGUCUAUCUCGUAGGUGGAUGCGUGUAUCAGCGCACGGUCAUGCAUCAGCGCGGAUGGAGACAGUUGCCGAAUUAUAGCAUGUGGUCAGGAAUUGCGGGAUUUGGAAGGGACCUAUUCAUCAUUUUGACGUCUUCGUGUGCGCGGUUUUUGCCGUCGCGGAGAGGUUAUAGCCGCGUUUCGUUGGGCCAGGAUGGCGGGAGGAGGGGGAGGAAUAGUGAUGACGAGAAUCGGUUGAUAGAUAACCUGGACGAGGAGUGGGAUGAUUAGGAAUUACCCUUGUUGUAUUAUGAAUCCAGCAUUUCGGCAUCGAUGGCGUUUGGGAUCGGAUCUGAGCGCGGAAUUCGCAAUGGUUUUUGGAUUUGGACAACAAGGCGAUUGUCAUGGCUCACGAGCAUAAUAUCGCGAGGUCAACCAAAUGAAGUCUUUCUUUCCUUCA